AUGCCUGAUCUGCCUCCCACCGCCGACGUUAGCUCGUCCCCUGACUUUGUGGUUCGCCUGGUGGAUCUGAUCAAGAAGAAGCUCCCAAAACCGAUCCCAGGCGUGGAAGGUCUGAGCCCUUCCAUCUACAGGGUCCAUCCCGACAUGAGGAAUGUAGAGAAGGAAGCCUACGAGUCCAAGAUUUUCUCCAUAGGGCCGCUCCAUCGCGGGAAGGCUAGACUGCUCCCCAUGGAACAGGUCAAACUUAAGUACCUGCGCGACCUCCUAAAUCGGCACAAGACAACACGCUCGAGAAAUACGUCAACGUAAUCCGCAAGUGCUUGCCCCUCGCCGAGGCGCAGUACUCGGAGAAGAUCGAGCUCUGCGAUGACGAAUUCGGGGAGAUGCUCGUGGUCGACGGUUGCUUUAUCAUUGAGUCCUUGGCCAAGCGUACCUUCCGCGAUAAGGAGGAAACGGCCGUCCUCGCCGGCAUUAGAUGGGGAUUCACUCUCCUGCGGAGGGACCUGCUUCUGCUAGAGAACCAGAUCCCCUUCCUCGUUCUAACGGAGCUAUGGAAACAGACCAACCAUUUAUCCGGCGACGGGAAGAAACCUCUGGAUAUCGUGGAGUUGGCCCGCUGUUACCUUAAGAUCGAAAUGCUGCCGAAGGAGCCAAAGCCGGACAAGAUACUCCAUCUUCUUCACCUCUAUCACUUGUGCCUGGAACCAAAUAGCGCGGAUGACACGUCCUGCGGGUGAGAGGCGAUAUACCAGCUGAAGAAAUCGAUCGAUCUGAUCUCCGUGCUUUUCUUCAGCCUGCUCUAUCUGAUUUUCAUUCGGCGCUUGCCCCGCUGCUUCGGUCCUACCAAGAAGUCGAAGGCACCGAGAGAGAUUCCCUGCGCGACGGAGCUUCGCGCGGCGGGGAUCGAAUUCAAGAAGAAGGUAGCCCCCCAAGGUAAGACCGCCUCCUACUUGAAUGUCUCGUUCAGAGAUGGGACACUAGAGAUACCAUUCCUGUCGGUGGACGAGACCACCAGCCCCCAGCUGCGGAAUCUCAUCGCCCUGGAGCAGGGCUGCGGGAACGUUGGAAAUCACUUCACCAGCUACUGCCUCUUCAUGGACAACAUCAUCAACACCGCCGGCGACGUUGCUAUACUACGGAGCUGCGGCAUCCUCGAGAACAAGCUCGGAGGCGACGCCGAGGUCGCCAACCUGUUCAACAGUCUCUGCAAGGGUACCCGUCUCAAGUAUGAGAGGCACUACAACAAAGAGACCUUCGAGGAAAUGGUGGCCUUCUCCGAAUUCGCCCACAACGAAUGGCGGGCGAGCCUGGUGCACAACUACUUCAGCAACCCAUAGGCUAUGUUCUCCGUGUUGGCUGGUUUUCUCCUCAUCGCUUUGACUGCUAUUCAAACGUACCUCACAGUCUUCGCCAGAAAGUAAUCCCCCUCCCCUAACCGACAAGAAGCUUGGAAGAAAGGGAUGGACCAGUUUCUACUAUCCCAGACAGCUCCUCUACUGUCGGCGCUCAAAUCUAACUCUUAUGCUCCCUCACUCAAGGCUCUGACAAAUUACAAGCAUUAAACGCCACAAAGGCCGCUUUUGAGCCCUGAUAAACACUUAUAACCCUGUGUAUGAAACAAAUGGGGAAAAUCUUCAACCAAACCGAAGGUCUUCGCAUCGUAAUAAUCUAGCAUUAAACUAGCGUUUGGAAUGAUGAUCUUCGUAAACAAGCAGCACCAAUUAUGCACCCGCACCCUGAGAAAAGUUAUUCCAUUUGGGGGAUGGGCCAUUAGUUAGUAUACUUUCAACAGCGACCAGCGAUCCUGAGGGUAGCCCACGCCUGCAGCGCAGGGCUUGGGCACCGUGACCUUCUAGACCGUCUUCCCAAACAGCUCUCUGGCUUCACUGAGCAGCCCCCUCUCGAAGAGGAACCCCAUCACCGUGCUGUAAGUGACUUCAUCGGGCUGGCCUCAGAAUCAUCCUCGGAGACAUCCCCCUGAGCAAAUCUACCGCCUUGUAUGUGUUGCCCAACUUGCAAUAUCCCCUGGCGAGAGCAUUGUAGGUGAUGACAAUCGGCUUGAUGCCCAUGGGUAGUCAUCUCCUCGAAGAGGCUCUGGGCGUGCUCAACCAGGUCUUCGUCGCAGAAGCCGUUAAUGACGGCUGACCUUGUAGGAGCUACAGGCUGGAGCGGCCUGUUGAAUGAUACAUCUUUCACAUCCAAUGAUAAAAGAGAACAUUUUUGUAACACAACUUUGUCAGUAGAAGUGAGAGUGAAUAAUUUGAUUUUCCCUUCUUAUUAUGAGUUAUAGCAAUCAGCUAAUUUUAAGUGCUAUCAUUUAACCAAUGAGAUCUUUAAAUUUAGGAUUAUAGAGAUGAGUUGGCAAUUGGUUUGUCCCUAGAAAGGUUGUAAGUUAAGUUCAAAGUCAAAGAAAAUCUGAAAAGUCUAAUGUUAUUCUAUCCAAAAGAAGACUUGACUUUGUUACAAUAUGGGUGAAAGUCUCAACCUUACGGCAUCCAAUAGAACCAGGUUGGAGUAUUCUGUGCCUCACGCGUAAUGGACUGGCUCUCUUAGAGUCAACGACUUCAAGAGCAUUAUACUAGAGGGGGGUACGAUCUGGAAAGUGGUUGAGAAUCCAAUAGCGAGAAUAAAAAUUGAGGAUAAUACUUCCCCCGAAGCUACUUCUGGUAUUCGCAUCGUAAUAAUCUGUUUGGUUGACGAGUCGUAGACCACCCACCUCCGAAUAGAUUGAUAACCAGUCAGAUCAAUCUCGUUGUAAUUCUCUAUCACAUGGUUACGUAGAGAUCGAUUCAGGCAACAGGGAGAAGUGUCGACCAAAAUAAAAACUAGCCGUUGACUUUCGUUAACAGUGGGGAAGGACAGCCGUAAGACCUUGAGGGAAUGAUGCAGAAAAAACCUCUUUUGUUGAUAUUAGGGAUGAUACCCCGGUUGAAGACAAGUUUUUGAACGUUAAAAUAAAUCCGAUUGGAUCUCAAGCGAUGAUAAAAUGAGUGAGUUGUGGGAUUCGUCGGUUCGACGUGUUCGUCGACGGUGAACUCCUUUCUAGGAGUAUUUUUUUCACAAAGUCAACGCACGUUGCGGCCAGAAUAAAAUGAUCUUAUCCUCGCUGCCAGAGGUACAACUCUCUACUGAGAAAAAUGGCGAGGGUGACAGACCGUGGACAGGAGCAGGGCAUGCCGCCGUCGCCAUGGGGAACGUUUCUGGUGAGACCUCGCUAGAAAUGGCAUCCCUCCCCCAGAAGCACAAUCCGGCUUCCACCUCCGACGGUAGUUGGUCUCUUCGUAUGGAUCCUCUGUUGGAUCUGAUCAACAUGAAGCUCAUGGAACCGAUCGCCGACGACCGUCCGCGACCUUCUAUCUGGAGGGUUCAUCCCGACUUGAGGAAGGUAGAGGAGGAAGCCUACGAGCCCAAGCUGCUCGCCAUCGGCCCGCUCCAUCACGGGAAGCCCAGACUGCACCACAUGAAACAGAUCAAACUUACGUACCUGCGCGGCCUCCUAAAUCGCCACAAAAUGAACAGCCUGGAGAAAUACAUCGCCGUAAUCCGCAGCUGCUUGCGGGACGCCGAGCUGCAGUACUCGGAGAAGAUCGAGCUCUCUGACGACGAAUUCGUGGAGAUGCUUGUGGUCGACAGUUGCUUCAUCAUCGAGUACUUGGCCAGGCGGGUCUUGGACACCCCAAAGGACGCGGCCUUCCUCGCCGACGUUAAAUGAGGAUUCAGCCACCUGCGGAGGGACCUGCUGCUGCUAGAGAACCAGAUCCCGUUCCUUGUUCUAACCGAGCUAUUUAAUAAGACGACGAUCCCCCUCAAACGGCCCGCGAAAGGAACCUCUGAAUCUUAUGGAGUUGGUCCUCAAGUUCCUCAACAUCGAUAUGCCGCCGGAGAAUCGCCCCCAACCGGGCCACGUAUUCCAUCUUCUCCACCUUCGGCACAUGUGCCUGAAUCCAGGUCGCGUGAAGGAGGAACCCCAUCGGCGCUCCUGCGGCGAAGUGGCGAUGAUCCGACUGAAGAAAUCGUUCGAUCUAAGCACCAUACCUUUCUUCGGCUUGCUCUAUCUGAUCUUCUUUUCCCCCUGCUGCCGCAUUUUCCGUGCCGCCGAGAAAUUGAAGGCGCCGAAAAUUAUUCCUUCCACGACGGAGCUUCUUGAGGCGGGAAUCAAAUUCGAGAAGGUAGCCCCCCUAGGUCGGAUGGAAUGCUACUUCAAGGUUUCGUUCAAGGCGGGGACGCUGGAGAUCCCUUCCCUGACAGUGGACGAGACCACCAGCGCCCUGCUGCGGAACCUCAUUGCCCUGGAGCAGUGCUGUGGAGGCAACAUUGGAGAUCACUUCACCACCUACUCCGUCUUCAUGGACAACAUCAUCAACACCCCCCGCGACGUCGCCAUCCUAGAGAGCAUGCUCGGAAGCGGCGCCGAGGUCGCCGACCUAUUCAACAGUCUCUGCAAGGGCACCCAUCUGAAGUACGAAAAGCACUAGAACGCCGAACUCUUCAAGGAAGUGACGGCCUUCUGCCAACUCGCCCGCCAUUGAAGUGACGGCCUUCUGCCAACUCGCCCGCCACAAAUGGCGGGCGAGUCUGGUGCACGACUACUUCCGCAGCCCUUGGGCUCUGGUCUCCCUGUUGGCUGGGUUUCUCCUCCUCGCUUUCACUGCUGUUCAAGCAAUCUUCACAGUCCUUAGAAAGUAA